GCAAUAUCGGCUCUAGAAGACAAUGGCUGUUAGGGGAACUCUUUGCCAAGGUUUCACGAAUGACCCGGGAGAGGCAUCCGCUUUCCCGAAGGACAGCGUUUUUGCACGACAAACCGUGUCGGAAGCGAAUGGCUAUGCGUGACAACGAACGAUCAUUUCGCAGGCCCCGACCACCUCUCCCAACACUGCUCGCAUUCAUCGCCCUCAGUCUCUCCACCUUUCUGGUAGCACUGGACACCGUACUUCUUCCUACUGCUCUACCAACCAUAUCCCUCUCGUUCCACAUUCCGGAUUCACUGUACGCGUGGACUGGGUCCGCCUAUCUUCUCGCCAAUGCCGCUUCAGUGCCCUUCUGGGGAAAACUGUCCGAUAUUUUUGGGAGAAAGCCUGUAAUUCUGACAGCGAACCUCAUCUUCCUAGGCGGGAGCAUCAUCGGCGCUGUCAGUAUAAAUGCCGCGAUGCUGAUCGCUGGUCGAGCUGUUCAAGGCCUGGGUGGAGGCGGCGUUAUCGUGUUGGUGCACGUCUCCGUCAGCGACUUGUUUAGCAUCCGCGAUCGAUCCUUCUACCUAGGCACGAUAGGCGCCGUAUGGGCGGUUGCAUCUGCUUUGGGCCCUGUGCUUGGCGGCAUCUUUGCGCAAGAGUUGAACUGGCGAUGGUGCUUCUACAUCAACCUACCGAUUGUGUCCUUCUCCAUCGUCAUUCUCUACUUUACGCUGCAUCUGCACAACCCGAAGACUCCCCUAGUGGCCGGUCUUGCGUCUAUGGACUGGCUCGGUACUUUAACCAUCCUCGUUGCUACCAUCCUGCUCUUGGUAGGCCUUCAGAUUGGCGGCACUAGCUCGUACUCCAGGCCACUUGUCAUUUCCUUCCUCGCCCUUGGUUCUCUGGCGUACGUCCUAUUCCCCGUCACUCAAUGGUGGGAAGGGACACGAGGUGGAAACCCCAUUAUGCCGCUACGCAUCUUCAGGGAUGUCAGCAACAUGUGCGCGUUAGGCGUGUGUGCUUGUGACGCGCUCGUGUUCAACUCGGUCGCUUAUUUUCUUCCGUUGUACUUUCAAAUCGUGCUCGGGCGGACUCCGUCAGUUACGGGGCUAUACAUGUUGGCUAUCGCGAUACCACUAGCGACUGUUUCGUUUGCAUCUGGUCACAUUAUUGAGAAGACGGGGCGCUUCCUUGAAGUGCUGCAGGCUGGCCUACUUCUAAUGACGAUCGGAGUGGGACUUCUCAUCUCAUUCAAUACCUCCCCUGACCUUGGGAAGAAUAUCGGAUUCUUGAUUGUCAUAGGACUCGGGUUCGGCCCAAACUUUGGCGCUCCGCUCAUCGCUUUGCAGACACGUAUUCGCGAGUCUGAUAUUGCAACUGGUACUGCCGCUUUUGGAUUUGUGCGCAUGGUGUCUGGAGCGAUUGGUGUUGUUAUCAGCCAAGUCGUUUUCCAGCUCCUCAUGGUGCCGCACCUUGAAAAUUUUGUCAACAGUGGCAUUUCCAAAGACUUUGCACAUCAGCUUGCGGGUGGUGAAGCCAUCUCACAAGCUAGUACUGUUGCUCAGCUUCCAGGGGUCCAAAGAAUGGUGGUCCGCAUCGGCUUCACAAGCGCAUUGCGAGGAACAUGGGUUUUAUACACUAUCGUCAGCGCGUUGGGCUUGAUGAUUUCCUUCGGUAUCAAGCGGACGAAGCUGCAUCGCGAGUCUCUAUUUGAACAGGGCGCCAGGAUCGCAGGAAAAACGUGCGUAUAUUCGCUCAUGAAUUUAGAGCUCUCCUACACGUUUGAUGUAUGA